AUGGCUGCGGAUCCCCUGGUCAUCUUCUUGGCUAGCGCGGCUACUACACUAUCUCUGGACUUCAUGAUCCACCCCUUGGACACCAUCAAAACACGCAUUCAAUCUCGAGAAUACACUAAUUACGCACGAAGCACAAGAAAGAGCGUUUUCAGCCAUCCCAAGAUCUUUCGAGGUCUCUAUCAAGGGUUUGGUAGUGUGCUUGUCUCCUCAUUUCCAGCUGCUGGGGCAUUCUUUAUCACAUAUGAAAAUGUCCAAUCAAGACUAGCCAGCAUGGGCCCAGUAUUGAUGCCCCAUCAAACGAGUUCCUAUCGAGUAUUCUCCGACUUCUGCGCAGCCUCUGUCGCCGAGGCCGUUGCCUGUGUUUUCUUUGCUCCAGCCGAGGCGCUCAAAAAUAAUGCGCAAAUGAUCCAAUCGACAUCUACAAAGUUCCCAACGUCCGCAAGUCAGAGCCAUCAAAAAGCUAGCCCCCAGUCUGCCACGGUCCAAGCGUUCAAGAAAUUCAAGAACGUCAGGCAACUAUGGAGCGGAUACUUCGCGCUCCUAGCACAUCAUUUGCCCUACACAGCUAUUCAAAUGCCCAUUUAUGAAAUUCUGAAAGAUCAUAUGUCUCAAUCAGUGAUCCUCCAACGGUCAUUGAUAUCCACGACCAGGGAUAUGGACAUGAAACACUCUCAAGUCAUCAACAGUGCCACAAAUGCUGCAGCGAGUGGUGCGGUCGCGGGGGGCAUAGCCACGGUGCUCACUGCCCCCACGGAUAUGUUGAAGACAAGGGUGAACCUGGAUGCUUCCGACCAGAGCAUUCUGCAAAGGAACCGAAUUAUGCAUGCUGCGCGCAGUAUCCUCGCAGCAGAAGGCUUCCGCGGUUUCUUCCGCGGCUGUGGCAUCAACAUAUUCAUGGGCGUUGUUGGAUCUGGCGUGUGGUUGGGCCUUUACGAAGGCACAAAAACUUGGCUAAGCCACAAAUGA